CACGCGAGCUGCUUUCUGGGGAAAAUUGGGGCAGAAUCCAUGAUUGACGCUCGAGCUAUAAAACUCACCCAUAGUGCCCUCCUUGCCAUCUUGAGCGCCGCAGUCGCGGCUCCAGCCCAGAGUCACGGUGAUGGUGCAUCACCGCCACCAUGUCGAUUUGCAGUGCAGUGGAGUCAGGACGAAAUUCUCGCGAGAACAGAUGAGUUCAUCUGGGAUAUGCUCUACUGGGAGGGUAAGUUCCAUCAGGACGGCAUCGCUUACAACCAAGCCAACGGCAUGUCCUACGAUGGCUCUCAGAUCGACUGGGUUACUGGUGAGCGCACCGAGAAACAUACGUUCAGCGCCGCGAGCAAAGAGGCGCUGCAAAUCAUGCUCUACGCCCGUGCCAUUGACGGCUCACUCGAGGCCGCUAGAUUUUUGAGCUCCGACAACCUCAAGGCCGCCCCCGGGCUUGUGUUCGCCUUGAUGGAAAAGAAGCUCGAAACUUAUCUCGAAUUCAACGAGACUUAUCCCGGGUUCGGCGGUAACCUACCUUGGUUCGCUGCGAGCGAGAGAUACAUCGCUCCUCAACCCGAUUGGCAGAACAGAGUCCCUGCCUUGGAUAACGGCGAACUCUGGUGGGCAGUCUACGCGUAUAUCCACGCCCUCCAAAAGACCGACCGAUCAGACUACGCCCAGCAAGCCGAGGGCUGGCAACGCUGGCUCGAUACCGUCACAAACAACAUGCUCCAGAUCUUCUACCGGGGCAACGGCGUUGUGUGCGCCGUGACCGAGAUCGGAGACCCGACUCUGGCUGUCGACCAUCCCGACCAGACGUACAAGUGCGAGGGUGCGGGCGUCCUCAAUGAUCCGUACGAAGGAGAGCUAGUCGCGUACUUCUUUCAUCUUUUCGGUGACCUCUCCCCGGAAGACAAGGAUGCGCUUUGGGUGGCGAAACGCCCGCAACUGGUGAGGGAUGAAUAUAAGAUUGGGGGUGUUGGCCCGAUCACCGUUGAGAGAGGCUAUUGGUUUUCCGGCCACGAGCCCUGGAAAGUCCUGGAAUUGCCCUUCUACGACGUUGAUAUCAUCCGCCGUGUCUAUCACAACAACGAGAGAGUGCGCACAUGUAACUCUGUAGUGACCAAGGUCCCGGGCCUUUUCGCAUCAGUCAACAACAUCACCGACCCCGAGACAGACACGAUCAUCGGGUACAUCUCGCCGGCGGGUAUCCCAUCCAUUGCAAACCAGACGGAGCAGUACCUCGAUGUCAUUACCCCCUACGCAACCUGGCCAACCAUCAUGUUCGACAGGGGCGUUGGGCUUGCGUGGUGGCAUAACAUGGUCUCUGGGAAGAAGAUGCAGAAUCCAUAUGGAAGUACCGAGUCGACUCGAGUAGAUGGGACUGGUGUCUCUGCGCUUCUAACAUGGGAUAGCAAGGUUCUAACUGUUGUUUCCAUCUUGGGCGGUGUUGGAGAUCUUGUCCGGGAAGGGUUGAAGGCAGAUGGGGUCUAUGACGAGUUCAUUCAGAUCGCCGAGAGAGAAUACUCGCUGGUCUUUGGCAAGAAGCUGAAGGGAGAAAAGACUGCCAUGUGCCUUCCGAAGAAGGAGGUACCGGAUGCUGGGCUGGAUGAUUUUGCAUCUUGCCAGGCGUAGGCAACUCGUGAUUUAUCGACUUUAAUAGCAGCGUGGGUUGAAUUGGCCCGUGUCAUUUUAAAAGCUUUUGUCUAGUAUCGGCUGUUGGAUGUGGUAUAAACACCUAAAGCAGUAUAUUUGUAACUCCCACACUUCAGACACGGUAUAUGGUUCUGAAU